GCACAGACCUGAUAUGGUAUUCAUCCUGUAAGAUUGUACGAGACACUGUUCCACCCGCUUGAGCGAGCUUGGCGUGGACUGUGCUUGUGCUCAUUCUCUGAGGGACACAGGACUUGCUCUAAGUUAGCUAGAAUGAGUGCAAUCCUGAGGCGCAUCGGCCAGCCUUUGCUACAAAGGAGGCCAUCGUCACAGAACACAAUACUCAGGGAGCAGAGACGGGGUUUUGCCUCAGAAGAGCAUGGGGAGAAGAAGGUCAACUUUUGGCAAGCCCCUACCAAUGUUGCGUCCUGGAAAGAGGAGCAGAUUGUUCUGGUAGUUCUUGCUGCUUGGGGACUAGGUAUUACAACAGCUAUGAAAGCUUUCGGUGGCAAGAAAGAAGAAGCAAAGUGAUGCCCAGCCAUGUUGUCUAUGUGGCACCAGUCCUUCAAAUCUGUUCCUGCCUGAAACGGAUCGUACCACGCUGGGUGCAGUGCAGUACACUUGAGCAAUAAUCAGUAAUUUAUGUAGGGCUGCAUUCCACUCAUGCCUUGGUGCAUGCGGUUCAGUCCUGAGAUUCCGGGGAAAGAUAUGCGGGUGACUGACCUAAAACCACCCGUGAUUGUGGAGAGAAAGCUUCAGGCCAGUGAUUGCCUCUAGCAGCAUCUUCAAAUAAUCAUACUGUAAGCCAUUUGCCACAC